CACACACCGCACACACACACACACAACGCACACACACACACCGCACACACACACACAACGCCAGGAGUCCCCGCGACACCUGCAUCGGCAGCCCGUUCCAACAUCACCCGCCUUCAAAGAUGCACCUCCCGGUUACUCUGCGCGUCUAUUUGUGGGAGACUGUGGUGUUUUACAGUUUGGCCGCCGCCGAGGAGGUGGGCGCGACCAGGUCGGCCACAAACCCCCCGUCACCCUCAGACUUCCUGGACAAACUGAUGGGCAGGACCUCGGGCUACGACGCCAGGAUCAGACCCAACUUCAAAGGCCCACCAGUUAAUGUCACCUGCAACAUAUUUAUCAACAGUUUUGGCUCAAUAGCAGAGACCACAAUGGAUUACCGGUUAAACAUCUUCCUGCGGCAGCAAUGGAACGACCCACGAUUGGCCUACAGAGAGUUUCCCGAUAACUCCCUGGACCUCGAUCCCUCCAUGUUGGAUUCUAUUUGGAAACCAGAUUUGUUCUUUGCCAAUGAAAAAGGUGCUCAUUUUCACGAAAUUACGACAGACAACAAAUUGCUGCGAAUUUUUAAAACUGGUAACGUCCUCUACAGUAUCAGGUUAACUCUGAGCCUUGCCUGUCCCAUGGACCUGAAGAACUUUCCCAUGGAUGUUCAAACGUGUAUAAUGCAACUUGAAAGCUUUGGCUACACGAUGAAUGACCUGAUAUUCGAAUGGGACCUGUCUGCUGCUGUCCAGGUGGCUGACGGACUCACCUUGCCACAGUUCCUUCUUAAAGAGGAAAAGGAUCUGCGACAUUGCACCAAGCACUACAACACAGGGAAGUUUACUUGUAUAGAGGCACGCUUCCACCUGGAGAGACAGAUGGGCUACUACUUAAUCCAGAUGUACAUCCCGAGUCUGCUGAUUGUGAUCCUGUCCUGGGUCUCCUUCUGGAUCAACAUGGAUGCAGCACCAGCGCGUGUAGGUCUGGGGAUUACAACAGUGCUCACCAUGACCACACAGAGCUCAGGGUCACGAGCGUCGCUUCCAAAGGUGUCCUAUGUAAAAGCCAUUGACAUCUGGAUGGCUGUCUGCUUACUCUUUGUCUUCUCCGCACUAUUGGAAUAUGCAGCUGUUAACUUUGUAUCUCGUCAACAUAAAGAGCUGCUGAAAUUUCGCCGUCGAAGGCGUCAUCACAAGGAACCCCUGUGCUGUGUGUUACAGGAGAAUGAGGUGGUUGAGGGGCGUUUCAGCUUCACCGCCUAUGGGAUGGGGCCCGCCUGCCUGCAGGCCAAGGAUGGAGUGGCCAUCAAGGGCAACAACAGCACGUCAAAGUCCAACUCUCCACCGGCCAAAUCGUCAGACGAGAUGAGGAAACUUUUCCUCCACCGAGCAAAAAGGAUCGACACGGUCUCGCGAGUGGCUUUCCCACUGGUCUUCCUGAUUUUUAAUAUUUUCUACUGGGUGAUCUACAAGAUCGUGAGGCGUGAAGACAUCCACCACGACUAGUCCUGACACCGCACGCACUCCAUUGCCAGCAGAGGCAUCCACUGGCACACAGGCAAUGCAAGGAGGCAUGAAUGGGAAUGUGGCAAUAUGUACAGGAAAGAAAUUCCACAGGCAGUCAGACUGAAGGGAGGGGUCCCAAACAACCACAGGACAGGUGCAAUACACAGGAGAUGUAGUCAGAAAACUUCCAUAUCAAAUUAUAUAUAAAAGGUUCAUCACACCUCUGUGAUCUGUAUAAAAUCUGAACAAACGGAAUGACUAUAUAAUAUAAACCUCAUGUGCUUGGUCUAAAAUAUUCCUUUUAAGGUCACACCAUUUUUAAAAAUUCUGUCUUGUUCCCAAUAAUAGUCCAGAUCCUUCAGGCAUUUGGUGUCCGGUUUCAAUCCCAUUAUUGUAGAAUUCUUCGCUCAAUCUGAAGUUUCAUUUGAAACUUUGUAAUUACUCAGUACAGUAUCACCAUUGCAGAGUGGCACAAGUGGAUGACUCACACAGCAAAGAUUAAACCUUGGUGUCAAAAGUCUACAUUUUAGAUUCAUGAAUGAAAGAGGACAAGUACUUACAGUUAGGUGGCACCAUUCAGGCACUUUGGGAUAUCCCCACCCCCUGAAUUGCUGGUGCUGUCCAUUCAUCAGUGUUGCGAUGGCUCCAGUCCAAGGUGAGUGGGCAUCAUUAAACCAAGCUGAACCGGUCUCGUUAGUGAUGUAGCCAGUUGGCUUUCAAUCAGUUUGACAAUAAAACACAAACUGAUUUCAAUAAUUGAUGAAUUGGGCAGGUGGGGAUUAUUAUCCCAAAGGCAACUGAACCAUGGUUCAUUUGAUUCUAAUUCAUUAUUGGUCAAACCUUAGGAAUUUAUUUACUAGUCAAUUAUUGUUGAUGUAAUAUAAGUCAUGGUCAUUCCUUACUCAACAAACAUAAUAGAUUGAUCUGAUUUCCAGACAUGAGUAUUAUUUGCACUACAAUUUUAAUCAACAAUAAGCAUGCUUCUGCCAUGACAUUUUAUUGAUCUAACCUCAACCCAUGAAGAUUAGCUUUAGUUCUUGAUAAUGUCUGAUCAAGAGUUUAGAUAACUAAAUGAGACAAGGUUCAAAAGAAAACUGGCAUUUUGCCAUCAAGAAUGUCCAUGCAGUCACCUAUUGCAUGAUCAGAGGUUCCAGGCUUGGAAUUUGGACUGAUGGCCAACCACGAUAUUAAAAAUAAAUCAUAGGGCAACACAUUAACUUCAAGUCCAGGGUUACAAAUGUUGGUGGAACUUGAGCAGACAUCUGUGCAAAGUUUGAUGAAGUUUAUGUCAGAUCACCCACUCCAGGGAUGUAAUGUUCAGGGACUGUGAACAAUGACACAACUAACAGGAGAUAGAAAAGCACAAAGUUCCUUCAGUGGGGCGGGGCAGGCAGGCAGGGAGAGCUGUCAACCACACACACACACACACACAGUCAGAACCAGGCAGAAUGGGACAUGUAUGUGAGUGGAUGUCAAACAUUAGUUGUGCCAAAUGUAUAGAAUGCAAACCCAGGGAACAAAGGAAUAAUGAAGAACUGGUGUAACCUUAAUUAAGCAUUUAACAUUUUCUUAGCUGAAACCCAUCAGCGUGGACUGGAGUAAUUCGCAUCCGGCAGAUCUUUCACAUAUAUACAGUAAUAAAUCCUUUACACUGAUGUAAUUUGUGCAUGAAUAUUUGACAAACAGAAUAUGAGAUAUUUUUGGCUUGUAUAAUUGAAAUAGUAAUCUGCCCAUUGCUAAUUCGUUGUUUUUGAAGAGAAUGUAUAAUUUAGGCAAUCUCUGUAUAUAAAGAUAUAUUUAUGAACUCUGAACCUAUCCAAAUUAAACAUUUUCAGAACUA